AAGCACGAUCUCUUAAAUGUAUUAACACUUAACUAUACAAGUUGAUCCACUAAAAUUUAUGAAAACCAUUAUUAAUAAUCAAGGUUGGGAUUCUUUUAAAAAAACUAAAAUAAUUGAAGAAGAUAGAAUAAUUUCGUUCAAUGAUUGUUUGGGAACAAAUGAACCAAUUUAUCCACAUAUUAUUUGUUCAAUAAUUAGUUGUCAAUACACUCAUUUAUUACUCACGUACGCGGCUUUGAUUGAAAAUUUAGCCAAUGAAUUUAAAACUUUAAAAAAAAGAGUCGAGAUUAAUAAAGCUCUCGAGAAACUGUAUAAUAUUAUAACGAAUAUUCAAGAUCGAACAAAAUUUAUUGAAAUAGGAAUCAAUUAUGGACGAUUAUUAGAAGAUAAUUAUUUCCAAGAAUCAUUUCUUUGUACGCCUUUAAAAAACUUGUACGAAAAUAUAAACAAAAUAACAACUCAGCCAAUUUAUGUGAUAAUUUUAUUGAAUAAUAAAAACUUUGUUGAAAAAAUCGAUACCUUUAUAGAACCCCUUAACAUCUUUAAAAAAGAAAUAUAUGACAAUAUAAUUGGAAAAUUUUGUGUCGAACAACAAGAUUCUCCCGUACCAGAUUUAGAAUUUUUAAAAAAGAAAUAUGAGAAUAAUAAGAAUACUGAAACUUUUGAAGCUUUUCUUCUAAAUAUGAUAGUAAAAUAUCCCUAUGAAUGCGAAGUAAAAUAUUUUUCAAAAAUAGGACUAUCUCUGCGACGUAAUCGCGUUUUAAAAAAAACAAAUUGGUCAGAAAAUAAUUAUGUUACAACAAUACUAUAAACAUUUGGUAAUUUUUAUUAAUUGAAUCUAAAUUUUUAAUUUAUUUCAACUGUUUACAUUUAAAUAUUCCUUAUUUUAUUGAGUAAAUUUAAUCCUGUUAAAAUUUUGUUACUUGAAUCAAUAUUACAAUCUUAGUCUAGAACGUUUUCAUUAUUAUUUCAGUUGAUCUUAUAAACAUUAAGUCAACAAUCUCUCUAGGUAAAAAUAAUAACUAGUAAAAUGUUUUUGAAAAUGUAUGAAUUCAUUCUAUUGAA